AAAAGGUUCAAACCAGACCUUGAGCGACAACACCCUCUGGUGAAAAUCGAUAAUUAGCCGGUCCAUCAGCUAGACUACUAUCGUGCCGGCAAACUUGCUUUGCUGCGGGUGUGCAAUGCGCAGUAAAAAUAGUACCGUGGUAUGGGAGGGGUGGGUUGGAACAAAUCAGAUGAAGAGGAAAGCAAAGCAGGCAAAAGCUUGUCCGUCCAUCUUCAAAAAAAAAAUACCUCAUCCCCCAACAAGCACACGGACAAUCAGGCGGGUUCUCUCACGAGUGUCUGUGCUUCUGAAGGAAAAGAAGAUAACCUUGCCCCUUCCUGAGAACUCAUCAUACAUGCGUUUUUCCUUCAAACGAAUUAUCAUGUCGAGAGAGGAGGGGGAGGGGCACGAGAUAGUGGCAGCACAUAAUCGUCGUUGGCAUAGUAGAAUAUCGAAAUCGAGCUUCCUAGGUGCCAUACGCAAAACCUUGGGGAAGUACCGGUACUCCUCCUCCACGAGCCGCACUCACUCACGCGUACCAACGCCUUUUACUAAACCCGUCCCGCAUGUGCCUACUCACCAAAACGAUGGGAGGCCGGAUCCAACACCACUCAACAACAAAUUGAACCAGAAGGGUGGUCCUUCAAUACCCAUAACAAGGGACAGGCCAGACCAAACCUCGCCUACAAGGGAAGAAAAUAAUCCAACAUGGACAGCCCCGGAUCACAACCUUAACCCAGAACCUACAGUGCUGUCGCAACAUGAGAUCCAGAGCUUAUUCUCUGGAGCCCCUGUCUUUGCGGCGUCUGGCAAGAAGGCUUCCGGGGGGUUGAGACCUAGGGUCAUGUUUCCUUUUGACGAGGAUGCGGAGGAUCGGAGAGGGUUGUCCGAUUGUCCCCCGAUUGAGCACGCGGCGUUUUCUUUGUGCACUUCGAGACCGCACCGUGCGCUGAGCGGGUAUGAGAAUACGACGGAUCAUGGAUUGGUCAAUGAGGAGCCGAGCAUGCUUUCUUUUCAAGGGAUCGAGCCAGGGACCUGUGGGUGGGAGUACUUUUUGAAAUACCCCGUUAGUGACUCUGAGAAUAGGGAUGAGGAAGAGGAUGAUGAUGUAAUAGCUGGAGGAGGAAGGGAAAGAGAAACAAGAAGAGCUAGUCUUGGGAACGCAAAAGGAGGUUUGCGAACAGUGGAAAUGGGAUACAUAUUUGAGAGGUUAAAAGAGUUGGGUGAAAUCUAUCACGAGACCAAAAGCAAACUACCCAAUGGACGGAAGCCACUACAGGGAGGGGCACAGCGAGGGAUACUGGAAAAGUACUCUUCAUUGGAGCUUUACACAAACUUAUUUACCAGGCUAUUGUACCCCCCAACCCGAAUUACCACAGCCGACCUCCACGAUCCAUAUAGCUUAAAGGUUCAGAUUGUAGCUUUGAGGGAAACCCUUGCAAUGGAGAAGCUUUGGCUGGAUUUCUCGAUUGUGGGAUGGAGGAUACGGCUAGGGCAGAUCUUGUGGGGGGAGAACCCCACGGUGGAAUCCCCAAACAACGAAGAUGGGGAGAGGGGAGCUGCCCCUCUAGGGAGUAACACUGAAAAGGUUUGGCUAUUACUCCAAAUUCUCCUUGGGUGCGAGUUGGUUGUUAGGAUGGAUGCCAUACUCAGCGAGGCAAACUCUGGAGACUCCUCUGUUAUUUCGAUGGGGUUAGGGAACGAACUACUUGACGAGUCUAAAACCAUGGGAUCUAGGAAGGUUGAGUGGGAUAUCGCCCUGGCACGGCGAUGGCUCGAAAACGUCAAACUGGUCGAAAGCGAAGUUGGAAAGGAAGAAAAGACAGAAGCUCCCCCAACACCAGCGAAGAAGGGAUGGUUCUCGAGUCGUUCUUCAGAGCCAUCACCAACGGAUCAGAGCGAGUCGGAAGGUGGCGAUGACGAAUCGACUUUGGGUAGAUCCUACGACGCUUUUGUUUGGCCCCGGAAUCACACGAGGCAACUCUCUGGGCUGCUAUAUUUCGCUAGACGCCUCCAAUGGCCACAGAUAGAACUUCUAUCCGCCAUGCUGCGGGAGAAGUUGAGCCCACCGUCAAGCUUUUCAACCCCGUCGCAGUCUAUGGCUGUUACACCUUUGGAUACUCCAUUAUCUGGAGCUGGAGGGAAUGGGUAUUUUCCACCAUUUGUAAGGCCAAAGAGGGUCAGGGAGCUGCCAUCAUCCGGGAUAUCAUCCGAUAGUAGCUUCGGAAUGGGUGGGAGGGGAUCUGGAUUCCCGAAAGAGAUGGGAUUUGGAGGGUGGCUUUCAAGGACGUACUUCUCCGGGUUGAUACUUCCUGGGGAGGGAUUGCCUCACUUUCUCAUCUCUACACUGCUGGAGAGUGAUGCUUUAGCGGUCGAGAAGCUUGGGUUCCGCGCAAAUCUGUAUAGUGGAUUUCAGUACGAUGGAAUGACGUGGUGGAGUUCAUCCAGCACCGUGGGCAAGGUGUUGGCCGGGUAUGAUGGGUCGAGGGAGGUUGGAGGAUGGAUUGGACCUUGUUUAGGGAGCGGGCUCGGAGAGGUCGGGAUUAUUGAUGACGGAUGGGUUGAUGCUGUAAUGGUGCAGCUGGACGAGGAGCCGAGGGCUAAAAGACCGUAUGCCAUUAAGGAAGAGUCAAAUCCAUUGGGAAAGGGGCCCAAAGGCAGCAGGGCAGUGCUGUCGAGUGAUUUCACUAUGCCACGAGAUGAAAUUAAUGAGGAGGAAAAUGUUAUUCUCGAAGGCCUUGUGUUUAAGGGUGUCGCUAGAGAGCCUGGGGAGCUGGCUGGGGAGCUUUCACGUUACGAAGUUGAGCUUCACUUUUCCAUUCUCCCGCUAAACGAAAAGCUCGAGGUCAAGCUCACCUACGACGUCUUUUUCAUCAGUUCAUUCCCAUGUCUUGAGCCCCCAGCCAGCAUGAACUCGGUCAAAACUGGACACCUACUACAUAAAGACUUUCCUUAUCAGUCUGUUGCCGUAGACGCAUUAACAGAAGAAAGUUUUAAGGACAGAAAUAGCAUCCUUGUCAUCGAAGCCGGCGGUGUAGAUGGGGGUAGUGAGGUGCUAGCAAGGGCAUGGUGCUCAAUGAUAGGCACUCAUGCUAUCAUAGGUAGAAAAGGAAGGACGUGUUUAGGUUGUUGUGUUAGAGAAGCAAGUGGGUUGGGUAUCGGCGUUGUUAUCAGGAUUGCAUGAGAUAGCAUCCCCCAAUAGGGCUAAUAUUAUUUUCGCAUUUUUAACGUCGGUGUUAGUGGUCUCUUUUCUCCACCCCCCCUUGUUUUCCCCUUUGCCCAAUUGUUUCUCAAUUAAAUAAUUUUAUAAGGUAUAAUUUAUGAUGGGAAAUGAAUGUUGUUGGCUUGGG